CUCCUCCUCCUCCAUGGCGGGGCCCGGCCCGGCCGAGCAGCUCCGGGCCGAGGCCUCGUGUCCCGUGUGCCUGGAGCUGUUCCAGGAGCCCGUGUCCAUCCCGUGCGGCCACAGCUUCUGCCGGGGCUGCAUCGAGCGCUGCUGGCAGAGCUCCCGGGGCUCCUUCUCCUGCCCGCGCUGCCGGAACGUGGCCCCGGAGCCCGGCCUGAGACCCAACCGGGAGCUCGGGCACGUCGCUGACAUCGCCCGGGGGCUGCUCCCGGAGGCACCGGGGACCCUCUGCGGGCAGCACCGGGAGCCGCUGCGGCUCUUCUGCCGGGACGAGCGGGCGCUGCUGUGCCUCGAGUGCGGCCGCUCCCGGCUCCACCGCCUGCACCGCGUCGUGCCCGCCGAGGAAGCGGCCCAGGAGUACAAGGUACCGAUUUCUACAAGGAGUAGAAGGUACCAGUUUGUACAAGGAGCACAAGGUACCAGUUUGUACAAGGAGCACAAGGUACCGAUUUCUAUAAGGAGUAGAAGGUACCAGUUUGUACGAGGAGUACAAGGUACCAGUUUGUACAAGGAGUACAAGGAGCAGAUCCAAAACUGCCUCCAGGCUUUGAGGGAGGAGAGAGAAAAAUUCCUGGAGAGCCGAAAAUCCGGCGCUCAGAGGAGUUUGCACCUGGACAAAACCAGGAGCGAGGGGCAGCGGCUGGCGCAGGAAUUCCGGGAACUGCAGCGAUUCCUGCAGGAGAAGGAGCGUCUCCUCCUAGCCCAGCUCGGGGACCUGGACAGCGCCAUCGGCCGAGCCCAGGACGAGGCGCUGGCCAAGGUCUCGGAGGAGUUAUCCCAGCUGGACACCCUCAUCUGGGAGAUGGAGGGGAAAUUCCAGCAGCCCCCGAGCCGCUUCCUGCAGGACCUCCAGCAGCUCCUGGACAGCUGUGAGAUGAUGAAGUUCCACCCCCCGGCCGAGAUUUCCUCCGAUCUGGAGAGGAGCCUCGAGGAUUUUGUCCAGAGGAACAUCCUGGUGAGGGGCACCUUGAGGAGAUGCCAAGACAGCCUCAUGUUCCAGCUGCAGGAGCCGGCCGACCUCACCCUGGACCCCGGCACGGCUCAUCCCCACCUGCAGCUCUCGGAGGACGGGAAAGAAGCGCGAGGGCAGCUGGUGCCGAGGGACGUCCGGGACCACCCCGAGCGCUUCGACUUCGAGCCCUGCGUGCUGGCGCGGGGGGGCUUCGCCUCGGGCCUGCAUUUCUGGGAGGUGGAGGUGGGGCAGGGCGGGGUGUGGGCGCUGGGCGUGGUGCGGGAGUCGGCGCGCAGGAGGGGCCCCCUGAGCCUGACCCCCAAAGAGGGGGUGUGGGCGCUGGAGGCUUUUCAUUCCCUGACCUCCCCCCGCGCCAGCCUCCGCCCGCAGCCCCCGCCCCGCCGGCUCCGGGUCUCCCUGGACUACGAGGGGCGGCGGGUGGCUUUCUUCAGCGCCGGCCACGACAUUCCCAUCCUGGAAUACACCCGGGCCGCCUUCAACGGGGAGAGGGUCCUGCCCUGGUUCAAGAUGGGGAUGGGGGCGCGGCUGCUGGAGGUGACGCGGGGCUGCGAGGAGCGGGCGGUGGCCGGGCAGGUCACGUCGCCGCUGGACUGGGUGGGCUUCGGCUUCUCGCUGCGGAUCUGCCCCUGAGGGGGCUGCGGGGACGUGUCCCGAGCGAUGCCGAGGGAAUUCGCCGCCCCUCUGUGUCCGUCGGGAGCUCUGGAAUGGCCCCAGGGAUCGGCCGAGUGGAGCCCUGGGGGCGGAGAGCCGCGUUCCGUGUGUGGAUUUUACCUUGUACCCUUGGCAGGAUGGAUCCUCCCGCUUUCCUCUCUUCCCAAAGUGCUUUUUGUCCAGGGUGUGUCCUGAGCCCUUCACCUCUCGCUUUGGGGAGCUGUUUCCCAUCUCUCUCCACAUCCCUGACGUUUGUCUCAAAUAAAAGAACAUUUUGUGUUGCA